AUGGAGCAUCCAGCUCUAGAGGGCAUGUGCAGUGACCUUGCGGCGAAUAUCAUGUCCCGUCUCGACGGUUUAGCCCUGGCCUCCCUCGCUUGCACCUCGUCGGACCUCCGAGGCAUCGCUCGAAACAAUAGCUUGUGGAAAGAGCUAUGCCACUCCACAUGGCCUUCUACUGCACAGCAUCUUCUUUCGCCUUCACUCAUCUGCCAUUUUGAUAAAUUCUUUGCUGAUUCCUACCCAUUGAUAUUCUAUGAUGAAGCUUCCAACCACAGCUCUAAUGAACCGGAAACCAGCACUUCUCCUAGUGAUUUUGUGUCGCUUGUAGAUAUUUAUUACAGGAAUCAAUGUGUUCUCUCCAGGGUUCUACACGGCAUACCUGAUGCUGUAGAUGUGUUCAACUCCAAGAUCAUGGAUGACAACUGCUACAUAAUUUCCAGUGAACGUGAAAAAUGGUUUCUGAAUUGCCCCUUUAAUCUACAAUUGCUGGAUCUCACAUAUGAUGAGGAUGAUGAUGGUGACGAGGAUGAUGAUCAUCUCAGCUAUCUUGGUCAUGCCAACAACAAUGAGAGAUCAACUUCCCUGGAACCAGAUCACUGCAAGGAGCUCAUGGAGGACCUCAGACUGAGUUGGAUACUGUUAGAUAAGAAGACAGGCAAAGCAGUUAAUCUCUCAACCUGGAAGCCACUGUCAGUACAGAUUAUCAGGCCACAUGGGCACUAUGUAAUGCGUUUUGGGAGCAUCAUAUCCGUUGAAGAAAAUGUGCUGCCUCAAAAGCUAGCCAGGUGCACAAUAACAACUAAAUUUAAGGUGACUGAAACGCCUGGACUUAUUCAAUGGAGACAAAUCAGCAUGAGCAUUGAGAAUGUAACAGGCUCCCUUCUUGAUGGAAAAACGAGCUUGAUGAUUCUGAACAAGGCACUAUACAGUAUGAGAACCACAAAUUGGCUUAAGGUGGAAAAUGGCUUCAAUCAAUAUGACAAACAAAAAAGAGGGAUAAUAAGGAGAGAGGAAUUGAGAGAAACUUUAGCCAACAGGAUUUAUAUCUCGGUUGAAAUUGUAGUUUUUACACUUCUUUAUCACGCUUUUAGACAACUGUUUUAG